AUGUUCUCCAUGAUGAAGCACACCGUCGUCUUGUUGGCUCUUUCUGCCGGCACCUGCUUGGCAGAGCCCGCCUUUAUGCGUGCGGAGACCCAACCCGGUCGUCAGUUGGUAAGUUGCUCCGAGACUUGCUCCGUGACCGGAAGUUGUUCGAGUGGAAACAUUGCCGUCUGCCACGAAGGCAAAGAAGAUGAAUGCAUCGCAUCUUCGGAGUGGAACGAGCACUGCACCGACUUUGGCGACACUUGUGGAGCUUGCGCUAGUGGAGGCGAGGAAUACUUUAGCACUCUCAAUGGACUUGUCCAGAUCCCCCACGAUUCCUGGGUCCACUUUUACCUUACCCCCGUGCGUGUGGUGUGCCUUGGUAUCACCGACAAGCCCUGCCAAGUCAUGAAUGACCAGGGAAUUCCUCUCUACAUUGCCUGGGGCAUGGAUCUUGUCGAUAUGGUCCACAACAGCACCAGUAUGAUGGCUCAGUCCUUGUUCCUGGUCAUUACUGCCUUGAUGGUUGUUGGAUUUGUCGUCGUGGAGGCCCUCUUUGGCGCCACCAUGGGUCCCGUGAUGGUGUUUUCCCUCGCCACUGCCUAUUCUUUCUCUCGCAAGAACUUGGCUGUUGCCAACAAGAAGACUGUUGAGAACUAA